GCGUCGGUUCCUACUGCAGAGCCGCAGCUUUGGGAGGGGUUUAAAGGGCCCGCGCGCCGCCGCCCCCUCGGCCCACCAUGCUGCUACCCGUACCGUUGCUGCUUGGCCUUCUCGGCCUGGCCGCCGCCGAACCCGCCGUCUACUUUAAGGAGCAGUUUCCGGACGGAGACGGGUGGGUGCACCGCUGGAUCGAAUCCAAACACAAGUCGGAUUUUGGCAAAUUUGUCCUCAGUUCCGGCAAGUUCUACGGUGAUCAGGAGAAAGAUAAAGGGCUGCAAACGAGCCAGGAUGCCCGCUUUUACGCUCUUUCGGCCAGAUUCGAGCCCUUCAGCAACAAGGGCCAGACGCUGGUGGUGCAAUUCACGGUGAAACACGAGCAAAACAUAGAUUGUGGCGGCGGUUAUGUGAAGCUGUUUCCAGAUGGUUUGGACCAGACAGACAUGCACGGAGACUCCGAAUACAACAUCAUGUUUGGCCCCGACAUCUGUGGCCCUGGCACCAAGAAGGUUCAUGUCAUCUUCAACUAUAAGGGCAAGAACGUGCUGAUCAACAAGGACAUCCGAUGCAAGGAUGAUGAAUUCACCCACCUGUACACGCUCAUCGUGCGGCCAGAUAACACCUAUGAAGUGAAGAUUGACAAUAGCCAGGUGGAGUCAGGUUCCUUGGAGGACGAUUGGGACUUCCUGCCACCCAAGAAGAUAAAGAAUCCUGAUGCUGCAAAGCCUGAGGAUUGGGAUGAGCGGGCCAAGAUUGAUGACCCUACAGACUCCAAGCCUGAGGACUGGGACAAGCCUGAGCACAUCCCUGACCCUGACGCUAAGAAGCCUGAGGACUGGGACGAGGAGAUGGAUGGAGAGUGGGAACCACCAGUGAUUCAGAACCCUGAGUACAAGGGCGAGUGGAAGCCCCGGCAGAUCGACAACCCAGAUUACAAGGGCACCUGGAUCCACCCGGAAAUCGACAACCCUGAGUACUCCCCUGAUAGCAACAUCUAUGCCUAUGAAAACUUUGCUGUGCUGGGCUUAGAUCUCUGGCAGGUCAAGUCUGGCACUAUCUUCGACAACUUCCUCAUCACUAACGAUGAGGCGUACGCGGAGGAGUUUGGCAAUGAGACAUGGGGUGUCACAAAGGCAGCAGAAAAGCAAAUGAAGGACAAGCAGGAUGAGGAGCAGAGGCUAAAGGAGGAGGAAGAGGACAAGAAGCGCAAGCAAGAGGAGGAGGCUGACAAGGAAGAUGAGGAGGACAAGGAUGAGGACGAGGAGGAUGAGGAGGACAAGGACGAGGAAGAGGAAGAAGAUGCCGCUGGCCAGGCCAAGGACGAGCUGUAGGGGCCACACCGCCGCCUCAAAGGCUGGACUGAGGCCUGAACACUGCCCGCCGUAGAGCCGGCCACGCCAAAUAAUGUCUCUAUGAGACUGGAGAACUUUAAUUUUUUUUCCAGGCGGGUUCUGAUUUGGGGUGGAUUUUGGUUGUGUUCCCCCUCUCUUUUUUUUUUUUUUUUUUUUAAACUGGUGUUUUGUCUGAUUCUUCAGCUCUUACCCCUGACCCUCAUUGUCUUAGUUGAUAUCUUUGCUUUCCUCUGUCCCCUUCUCUCCUCCAAACCCCUAGUCCAACUCCACCUUGAGGGCCAGGGGUGGAGGCGGGUGCAGUCUGGAGAAGUCCCAGGCCCAAGAUUCCAUCUGCUCUCCUUCCUGGGUCCCAGAGGGGGGCAGGAGAAGAGGGUGGCACCUCCACCCAGAGCACUGAGGAAGAAUGGGGCUCCUAGGGCCUGAGCUCCAACCACCCCCUUUUCUCCCAUGCCCCAGGACUGGGCCACUUCUGGGUGGGACAAGUGGGUUCUAGCUCAGCUCACACUGAGAAUGUAAGAACUACAAACAAGAUUUCUAUUAAAUUAAGUUUUGUGUCUUC